UGUUUUUUGCUCUCAACUAAGAAAUGGAUCAAUUCAUAUCAAGAAUGCCACAAUCUUGUGGCCACCAUGGUGUAGCAAUGUGUCGGGAUAUCUUGUAUGUGAUUUAUGGAGAAAGUAGAUUCAGUAUUGGAGAAAGUAGAUUCAGUAUUGGUCAAAUCCAUGUAUGUUCAUUUGAUCCAAAAAAAAAUAAAUGGAACCCUCAUGAUGUUGGUAAAGGUGUGUGGAAAAACUUUUCUGUGACAACUUAUAAUGAAGAACUGUAUGUCAUAGGGGGUGACAGUGGCUUUUAUCAACAGGUUAAAGUCUACAAUCCAGCUCUUGGCACAUGGAAAGGGAGGGCACCAAUGAAUGUUGGGCGUGCUGGACAUUGUGCAGUAGUGCUCCAGAAGAAUAUCUAUGUGAUGGCUGGUCAUGAUGGUAAAGUUUGCCAUAAGAGUGUAGAACGUUACAACCCAGCAACAAACCAGUGGCAGAAAGUUCCAAGUCUAUCCAAUGCCCGCAGGUCUGCUGCAGGAGCUGUAUCAAAUGGGAAGAUCAUUGUUGUUGGUGGAUUUAGUGCUAUGGAACCCUCAAAAGCCGUAGAAGCCUCCUGUGAAGUGUUUGACCCCUGCACUAAUGAAUGGAGCUUGGUCACAAGUCCUGUUAUUCCACGUGCUGCCUGUGGCACUGUGAGUAUAGAUGACAUUAUUUACUUGUUUGGAGGUCAGCAUGAAGAACAUUUCAUGAACACUGUGGAGUCUUUUGAUUUGAAACACAAUGAGUGGCGUGAUGUAGCUACUAUGCCAAUUGAUUAUCAGGGUUCAUUCCAUCAAGCUUCAUUAGUAAGACUGCCAAAAGAUUUUGUCUCCUAAAGAAUUUUUAGGUGCUAUUGUCCAAGUAUGAUGUCAAGAUGCCUGAAUAUGGCCAAGUUCUUUCCUCAUUUUCAAAUAGGUCAAUUAAGAUAACAAAGCCCAGUCAAAAGAAGAACUCAACCACUUUUUUCACCAUAGACUACUGUUUGAAGUCUGAAUCCAGUACCAAUAUAGUUUUACACUGAAAAAUACCAACAAGGCAUAAUCUUUAAAUUCUUAAAGAUCUGAACAGUAAUCCUCCCUUCUUACAUCCAAGACUUCACACUAAACUAGUUAAUAUGAGAUUGUAGUUUUUAUUCUGGUAAGAUACUUGAGCUGAUAUGUGCAUCUGCUAAUGAAUUAUGCUGCUGAUAAUUCUCGGAAAUUGUAUAGAAAAGUUAGACUUUGAUCAAAGCCGAAGCUUAUAGAACUAGACAGAAACUAAUAAUUGGUAUUUUUGUCAAAAUAAAUUGUGUUUAUUUUCAAAAUAAGUUCACUUGGGUACUAGUUGAUGCACAGUUCCAUUUAAGAGUAUUUCAAUACAAAUUCCUCUGCUGAAGGGAACCCUGUCAUGGUAACCUCCUAUAGGUUAAAGAUGCUGUGUAUUGAUAACCAUAGCUACAGUAUUAUUUGAUAUUAUUAAAAACUGGAUCAUUGUAUAAUGCAAUUCAAGACUUUUUAUUGGCUUAGCCAUUAUGGUAUA